UUACCACAGCCGGAGUGCUUCUUCUCCCUAGCUACUUUCGCGUACCCGUCGCAGCUCCCACGGCUCGAGAUGGACGAAGAUGCCGCAUUGUCAGCCCUCCUGACAGCGCUCGAUGAUCUUCACAAUAUCAGAAAUGAGAUGCACACCUGUUUGAAGCAGGGCUUCUUGAAUAUGGCCAGGGCAAGGAGAAGCAUGGGAAGAAAUUCCGUGAGUGUGCUGGAUACACGGGAGGAAUAUGCUGCGGAGGUAACGAUUGCAAUAGAGGAAGAUACUUCAGAAGGACGACUGCAGGAGUCGAGGAGCAUGUUCUCGAGAAAUAGAGUUGAGCCCGCUGGAUCCGCUGUGGUUAUCCGUGACGGAAGUCUGAGACAGCGCGGAGGAGGGGGCGCGCAUGUGGAAAUCGAGGAAUCUUUGCUGCAGCCAGAUCAAGAUGCCCCUGUGCGUGGCGACUCGAUGAGCUUGUUCGCUACGUUGGUUCCACCGCCGCUGCGCAAAUCCAAGAAGAAUUUCACGUCUGUCGUGGACUACGCUGUGGAGGCGUCAAAUCUUGCACAUCGCAUCAUCCAUCUACAGAAGAUGUUGGAAGCGAAAGGACAGAUGCCAAAGGACCCAAAAUGACACUGGAAAAAGUAUAAAGUUGAAAGUCAGACCUUAUCGGUAUGGUCACUUUUUGUGCCAAUUGAUGAGAGACAGUCUAGGACAGCGGUGGCAAAGGCCGUUGACCAAGUGAGAGCCGCUGCGAGCAACACGUUCAGAGGAGUUGGCUCGUGGGCACAUCAACUCUGACCAGCUUCGGUUGUGAGACUUAAUUGUUGAGGGGCAAAAGUGAUUUGUGUUGUUUUUGUGC